CUGCAUCCUAAGAAGACAGCCACAGAACAAGAGUUUCAGCAGCUGCAGCAGCUUCUGAAACAUCCAGGUGUUGCAGGGCUAGGCGAGGUGGGGUUAGACCGCACCGAACCUGUCGGCCAGUGGGACGGCCAGAUGGAGCGACUAAAGACUGUUCUCCAAUUUGUCCAGGAAAAACAAGUACUGGUUCUUCACUGUCGAGGUAUGGAGGCCGAAAGCAGCGAAGUAUAUUCCUGUUUGAGGUAUAUGCUUAUGUCGAUGGUGAAGAGGGAACAGUUGAUCCACCUGCACUGCUUUAGUGGCAGUGUGGCUACAGCCAGACAAUGGAUCGAAGUAUUCCCAAACACCUACUUUGGGUUUACAAAGAUGGUCACUGUCCUUCCUAAGGAACAGCGGGAGGCAGUGAAACAGAUGGAGGAGGGACGUCUACUCCUUGAGACCGAUGCCCCAUAUUUCCACUUCUUUGGACACAGAAGGUCCACCCCCGCCUUGAUAGGCAUGGUAGCCAACGAGGUAGCCAAGAUCCGUGGGGUAGAUUGGAUGCAUCUCCUAGAGGUAGCUGUCGCCAAUGCCCAGCGCCUUUACCUGAAGCGGCUUCCUCCUCAGUAAGCCGUAGAAGGUC